UAUAAAGUCGUACGUGGCUGCCCCUGAAACGACCAUCCGAACACGACGAGCCUCCUUGCACAUUUCUCUCGUCAGACCUCGUGCGUCCCCGUCGUAUACAUUCCCUCUUACCUGUUCUUUCUUUUUUUUAUCUUCAUUUCUUUCGCAUUUCGUCGCAACGUUCUUCGAAGCCGUUCAAUCAGACAAACUUUAUCUCGCCGAAUGGCCGAGACUUCGUGGAAAGAGACGAAGAGGAGAGAAACUCUUUCUCUUCCCGUUCCUCUCUCGAAUUGAUCGAAAUAUUCGCGACCGACACGGUACCGCGCCGCUGAAAAGGAUCGUCGUGUGAUCGAUCGACUUUGAGUAGACUUUCAGUAAGAGAUCGGUUUUUGGCAGCCCAACGCGCUCGCGUGAAGUGUCAUUUGCAACUGCGGCGAGAGAAGGAAGAAUUUUGGACGAUCAAUUCGCAAGAAGGAUUUGGACGUAGACAUCGGCAUGUAGAUCUUCAGGUGCGAAUGUACAAGGAUCCGCGUGGUCUACCUGCCUGUGCGAGACACCGGGCCGACGGUCGGCGGCGAGUGAGAUUUGCGAAAUUCGAAGUGACAGCAGUCGCGCUCGGAUGUGACGCGAUAGAAGACGCCCGUGAACGAGAGAUCGGGGUAAUCGGGAAUUUGGUCAGCGGAUCAAUCCGAUUUGGCGCGUUCUUCUGGUAGUCACUAGUCGGAAAGACGGAUUCGCGCGCGCCGAAGAGUAAGAACACAAAGAGGAGAACGAAAAAGAGGAGGAAGCGACGGGCGGUGAAGGAAGGGGCAGGAGAAGAAGGAGGUGAAACGUCGCGAGGAGAGAAAAGGCUGUCCUCCGCGGGAUUUCGGUGUGCGAGGAAAAGGGGUUACCCAGGUUUGAACGAGUGGAGGAGAAAGAGUGGAGCCGUGAGAGGCGGCGGUGGUGGAGAGAGAGAAAGAGAAAGAGGGAGAGGGAGAGAACGGGAGAGAGACGGAUAGAAAGAGAAGAAGAGAGAAAGAGAGAUAGACGGAGAGAGAGAGAGGAGGGGAGGAGAGGGAAGAAAAAAGGAGUCAUCGUAGUAACACCGGCGCGUCUCCUCUCGCGGCUUCGUGGUUGUCUCGGAAUUAGUGAGUAGACAGAAUUAUGUCUGUGAGCUGGCCAGAGCACGGCUCAGUUGAGACUUACUGCUCAGAGCGUACACACGCAUACUACGAAUCCUUCCUACUUACGCACCUCGCGCCUUCCUCGUGCGAUUAGAACUUAGUCCGCGACCGUCUGCAGACCAAUCACGGUCCAGUUCGCUAACGCGCCUCCGUACGAAACGGUUUCCUCGUCUUCACGUGGACGUGCUGUGGAGUUGCCCCGAGCUCGAGAAGCGCCGCAGCUAGGUGACGGAGUAGCUAUCACGGAGAUCAUCGCGACGAGGUGACCCUCUCGAAGAACCCACCCACGAAAGUACGAAGAACCAGGAGACGCGCACUUUCCGUGCCACGGCUGUGGAUCGCGCUGACCGUUUCCCUCCGUGAUACCGCGAGGUGAGCGAAAUUCAAAUCGCAAGCGAGGACAAGUCGAAUAUCGGCCGUUCGGACAUUGAGACGUACGAAGAGAGACGAGAAGAUCGACGGGAGACGAGGGGGCAAACAUUGCCGGUGGUUUACGGCUGCAGAAAUUCGGAGAUUGCUACGAUUUCCGCGACAUUACCGCAAUUAUUUCCAGACUGCGCCCGCGCCAAACUAGUUCCACGAGAUUCUCGCGACUCGAUAUCUCUUCUGCGAGUCGGUUCGAUUGAAUUGGAUCAUUUUCUUGUAGAUUCAAACAGUUUGGUGAGACACUUUCGAACAGGGCACCAUUUGUUCGUUAGCGUUGAUUUUAAAUAAUCUGCGAAAUAUUUACCGUAAACUCCAGACUCGUUAUUUGAUCGUUAAUUCAGGCGUUUCUUCUUCACUUUCGAUUGUAUACGAGUUUGAUAGAUUGUUUUUAAUUAUCGGCGGAAGUGCGACAUUAAUUGUGUUCUCUGAGGACGUGUCUUAUCCAUGUAAAAUUUUCACAAAGUCGAAGUUAUAUUUUCCGAAGAACUUGGAGUGCUGUCGUCGCGAUCGAACGGCAUCCAGUCGAAUUUUCAUUAGAGCCGCGACAAUGGGCAUGGCGAAGUUUUACGCGCUUCUCUUACUGGCGUCCAUCGCGACCUGCGCGUGGUCUCACCAUCAUCACGGAUAUUAUCCGGAGCAUAGAAAGGAAAACGGCCACGUGGAUUUCGUCGAGCGAGCAUCCACUGUCGAUGAGACGAGCGAGAAAUCUACCGACCACAUCACGCGGUCGGAAUUACCGAAGAGAGACGAAAAGCGUCCGGACGCCGUGGACGGCAAGGACUUGCCUCCCUUCAGCGCGCGGAGACUCGAGAAAAUGCUGGAGAAGGCGAUACUGAAGAUAAUCACGGGCGAUCUCAGCACGGCCGACAUGCUGCUGCUCAAGAGCUUGAACUACACCUUCGAGGAGAUACUGGCGAUCCGCGAGCAGGAGUUCAGCCGGCGAAAGGACGAGGAGAAAACAAAGAAGUUGUACGACUCGAUGGUGAUCGAGUCGUCCUCAUCCAACGACCCCGACGUCGAAGUGUCGAAGAGCGAGAGGAAGAAGAACCGAUACAAGGAGCAGGCCUCCUACGACGACUUCGACUUCGACACGUACAACCGACAGGCGGUGAUCGAUUACGAGAACCAGGCCUCCAACCUCGAGCAGCAGCAGUCGUGGCCUGAACAGGCGGUUGUCGAUUACGAGGACGAGUCUAAGAGCUCAAAGGAGCAGGACCAGUCACGAAACUUGCGUCGGAACUUCGACCGCGCCAUGGAGCCCCACGUGAUCUUCAAGAUCCGCUAUGACGAUUCCGAGUUCGAUUCCAGUUCCGGCUCCAACGAGAGGCCGAGAUUUCGGGACGCCUUCGUCUCGAAGGAUCUGAAACAUCGCGCCCCCUCGACCUUGAGACACACGACCUCCAAGAACGUUGCUAGCUCCUUUCACGCUUCGUCUUCCUCUCCAUCUUCUUCUUCUUCUUCUUCGCCUUCUUCCUUGACUGUUGGAUACACUCCACUUCCCGUAGUAUAUCAGAUGAGGAAUCUCAGAGACGUCAAGCCAGAUUUCCUCAAGAACCAACAUUCCAUCGCCAUGAUGGCGUCCCCGGAACCUAACGAUACUGUUAUUAUAAAUACCACACUUAACGCCACUACCUCCGACGCGACAACGGAUUCGAUGAACGAUAGUAAUUCAUCCGUCCACGAUGAGUCCAAGAAGAAAAUCAGCGAAUACGAGGGGCUGGAGUGGGUCGAGGACGAUGUCUACAGGGUGAUACCCUCGUUGGCGGACUCGUUGGGUUACGAAGACGCCGAUGAGAACGGAACAUCGGACUAUGAGGAAUCGAACUUGGCCUACCUUCCGGAGGAGAACGAAAACGACACCCUGGAGUAUCAGAACGACACUCCGGUGAGGCUCUUCAAUCUCAACACGUCCAUGGAGAGAAUGCCGUUGACGAAUCAGUCCGCCCGUCACCAAAUGGCGCUCGUUCAUCGUCAAAAUGAGAGUCAGAAGGUAAUCGAAGAUAUUAAGAUGCGAAUCUUACUGUACACUGGAAAAUUGGGUCGCAAGAACAACACCAAUGAAGUUGAGCACGAGAAGCUUACCAUGUUUUCGCCUACUUGUCAAAUACCUCGAAACACGGACUUCGAGGCGUGGACGGAUCCGUUUUUGAUGAACAUGCAUUUCCAAUUGAAUCUGACCGCCAGCGAUGACAUUAAAGCGGCGAAAUUGCGGAUUUACAAGUUGCCACAGGAGAAUCUCACGACCUCCAUGAGCGGAGACUUCGGUCAGGACGAGGUUCGCGAGAAGAAGAUCAGGAUAUCCGUUUUUUACUAUAAGAAGUCGCUCAAGACAUAUCGCUCGAAAAGAUGGCUGAUGGACUCGGUCCUGACGCCCCUGACGGCCAAGGGCGGUUAUCUGGUGCUGGAUGUAGAGGAAGGCUUGAAAUUCUGGAGACCGCCUUCGCGAAACUCACAUGGCAACGGUAGCAAUCACGGCCUGGUGAUUCAGGUAGAGCAGCAGGCUGACGAAAAGAAGCUGAAACCGACUCUGUAUAUCCAGCAGCCGUCCUGCGGUGACCACGAUUUGGAUCAGAAGGCAUCCCAGCGCAUACCUGCCCUCUUCGUUCGAGCCUGUACUCAUUACGUUCGUAUAGAGAACGGCAAGAAAAUCACAUAUGAAAAUUGCAGGCACUAGACAGAGGUGACAAAACGAUCGGAUCGCAAAACGACCGAACUCGUUUCGACACGAACGAAGCCGACUUAAAUUAUGUUGUGAUCGUCGUUCUCAAAAAACACUUGCCAUUAGCAGGCAAAGAGACACACACAUGUGCAAUUUAUUAUUAAAAUUUAAAUUGUAUAGGGAAUGAUGAGGGAGAGAGAGAGAGAGAGAGAGAGAGAGAGAGAGAGAGAGAGAGAGAGAGAGAAAAAGAGAAAGAGAGAGAGAGAGAUUACCCCAAAAUUUCAUUUAGAAAUAAGUCCCGCAACAAUAGAAUGUAUAGCAUUAGAAUCAAAAAAUUUGUUAUAACAAUAGACGAAAAGAGUCUCGUGAAGAAAGUAACAACAAUAUGAGGCCGAUAUUCAUAGUCGUAAAUUAUUUGCAUCCUUUACGAGAAUAUAAUUAAUUAUAGAUUUGCAUUCUUGGGUCGUUAAGUAUAAUUAUAAGAAAGUAACAUAGAGACAAUAUAAAUUGAAGAGUAAUCAAAGAUUCGUGAGAUUAUUUAUCAAAUAAUGUGACAUAUUAUUAUUACCGGCCUGGGAGAGAAGUAGCGGAAAAACACGAAUUUUGCCAUCGAAUCCCGACUAUUUUAGCGAAAGGCUGGUACACAGGUAAAGACAGGACCAGAGCCAGAAACACUUCGCUGCCGUCUCCUAUGAGAAAAACGCACGGCAGCAGCUUAGCUGUAAAAAAUAAAGAUAAGAUCUUGUAGAAGUUUUCUAUGGAGACUGCUAUUCGGUAUUAACUUAAGAGAAAGAAUUAUUUAUAUGCUAUAAUAGGGUAAGGGGUCACAGUAUGAUAAUUCUUGUACGUUAAAGUACACUAUCUCUUCUUUUUAGGUAAUCGCAUCCAUAAUGUACAUACGAUUAGAUCUAAAGUAGCGUUGUCGACUACUUAUAUGCAUUCGCCUACAAUGUAUCAACACGCCCAUGACUGAUAUAGCCACAAAUGUGUGUGUAAAAGAGUUUAAGAUUAUAUAUUUACAUAUUUAUGUUAAGUAUAGUGUUAGAUUAAUAAUUAAGCAACCUGGAACUCUCUGCCGAGUCUAUCAGUUGUGGUUGGGUGAAUUCGUAGGAUAUUUUUGCAAGAGCGCGUCGGGGUAAUUUUUCCGCAUUCGGCCCACGAGGUCGCAAUCGGGUUUUUACCUGAUUCCCUGCUUGCUAAGGAAAAAAGUCGUCGUACAUCGUAUAUUUCAUAUGUAUGGAUAAAAAAGGCAUAAUCUUUUUUGUCUGACGCUCUCUGCGACACAUCGUCGUUGUAUAUAAUGUAAAUUUUCAUGUCACAUUGCGAACAAAUAAAUUCAUUUGCAGUAAGAUAUA